CACAUACUAAACCCGUUGCCGAUUCAGUUCUACGCUCUGUCCGAACUCGAGCAGAAGUUUAUUCGCAAAUAUCCGCGUUUCGAAUAAAAGUGUGUAAGGUGGAAUAAAUUGGUAGUGAGUGCUGCGAAGGGGAACUUUGUCGCCCUUUAUUGCAGGCGCACCUGUUCUGCAAUUAACUUUUAAAUUUCAAUUCGAGAAUAAGUUUUGAAACUUUAUUCUCGUUUUGGGCAUUUCCAAAAUUAGUUUUCAUCGUGAACUAACUAUCCUGUGUGCAGCAGCAUACUUUGCAUGAACAUUUGUGUGCGUUGAACGCAACUUUUGCGGAGUUACAGAUGUUCUUCACUUGUAAUGGCAAUUGAUUCCAUCUCUUUUGAGGCAUCUGGUCCAAUCGAAGUCUUGAACUGAGGAUCCGAAAUCCCGGAAAGGUUCUUGGAUUGUCAAUCUCAUAUUUGGUGUAAAGCCAAGCGUUACAGAUAUUGGAGUGGAAAAACCGGCUGACGUUCAUCCUCAAACAGACAAGUUCACUUCCUGAAAAAAUAGAAACUCUCAAAAACUCCUCCAGUACUUCCGUGAAUGAAAGUGGUGCUGUUGAAGAGGCAUUUCGAGGAUUGUUUCACUUUCACCAUGUGAUUGAACGAUUUGCUCUGUCAAGCUUCAUAGUUCAGUUUUUCCCAGCUGACACGAAUCUCUUUCUGUUUCAGCUAAAAAGCUAGUUUCGUAUUUGAUUCCUAAUUUGGCAUCAUGACUGUAUUUUUGAGAAGAUAUUGCAGUUUAACCCUGGGAUCAUUCAAGAUGCAGGCUGAUUCUUCUCGAUUUGCACAUUCCCAUAACUAAGUUGUUAAGUGUUCUCGGCUGAAAGACAUCAUGAAACUGGUUUCCGCUUUUACUGGCGUCUCGGAUAAUCUUUGGAGUAUUCUGUAUGGGAUGAUGUUCAUGCAGAAGCUGAAGGGCUCUCUACGAAUCAUCGUCCUCUUGCUUUACUUCAUGUGUCUCUGGAACCGUGUAAAUGGAAUUUGUCCAGUUCGUUGCGAAUGUAACGACGAGAUACUUCGAGUUCUUUGCGCUUCGGCCAAUCUGGAUGUUGUUCCCAUCACCCUGAAUCCGGAAUUACGUGAAUUGCGCUUGAGUAACAACCACAUCAAAGCCAUCCGAACAUCCUUCAGCGUGUAUCGUAAUUUGGAAUUCCUGGAUAUAUCACACAACCAGUUGCCAUCUUUGGAUAAAGAUAACUUCGUUGAUCUAAAGCAAUUGAAAGUUCUUCUGGUCAACAGUAAUAUGAUUUCUGUUCUUCAGAAUGAUACUUUCAAAGGCCUCAACUCCUUGAAAGUGUUGCAUUUGAACGAGAAUUAUCUCCAGAUCUUAUCAGCCAAAGUUUUUGUUCAACUGGAAAAUCUAGAGCUGUUAGAUCUUUGCCAAAACAGCAUUUCAAGUAUAGAUCAGGAGGCAUUCUUCGGAUUAAAGAGUUUGAAAACUCUUUUGUUGCGUGAUAACAAGCUGACUAGCAUUCCUAGUACACCAUUCCAAUACAUCUCCAAAUUGUUUAAAUUGGAUCUUGGCCUGAAUUCCUUCGAAAACAUUCCUGAAAACUCGUUCUCGGCCCUGAAUGAUUUGGAAGAACUGUCUUUAGAUGGCUGCGGCAUUAAAGCCAUACAGUAUGGAGCUUUCAAAUGGCUGAACUCUCUUCUCAUCCUUCGCAUUCAUGAUAACGAUUUGUUGGAAGUACCCACAAAAUCACUUUUUGAUGUCAUCCGCUUAGAAGAGUUGCACAUCGGCCAAAACAAAUUCCCCAGUCUAAAAGCCAAAUCGUUUCAAAGAUUGAAAUUCUUGCGCACCAUUGAAAUUAAUGGCUGUCCUAAUCUUAACGAGAUUGAGAAAGGCGCAUUUGCUGAUAAUUCUAAUCUCAAAACUAUCAUCAUCAACCAUAACAAGGAGUUGAAGCACAUCCAAGAUGGAGCCUUCGACAAUCUGCCGAAUAUCCAGCAUGUCAGCUUAAGGGGAAAUUCAUUUGAAACUUUACAAUAUGGUCUCCUUGCUUGGGAUGAACUGCAAUUUCUGGAUGUCAGAGAUAAUCCCCUUGUCUGCAAUUGUAGUCUCCUCUGGCUAUGGAAGAUGUUAGUUACGAGAAACUUCUCUUCGGUGGAAGGACAGGCUGAUACAACCCAAGUUAUCUGCGUAAAUCCUCCAGGGCUAAAGGAUAGGGUUCUCGGCAACUUGCCACAUGAUGACCUGGAUUGCUACAGCUUGGAAAGCAGGCGCCAAAUGAUUAUUGGUCUAGUUACAGGCUCUGCAGUUUUUUCGGGAAUUAUCAUCAUGCUGGGUGUCAGAUACAGAGAUAAGCUGGCUGGUCUAUUGAAGACAAAAUGGGGUAGUGGCAGAAAAGAGCCACAGUAUCAGAAGACAAGUGCUGAAGAGGAAAGCACUAUUCUGCAAGCGGGACAACAAUCACUGAAGAUGACGCCCGUCACAGAACUGUGAUAGUCCUGAUCUUACUGUCCUUUUUUCAGAAGAUUUUUCCCCCUCCCCAGUUCUCACUUUGCUUUCAUAGCGCUGCAGGUCUUUUGAUUUUCAACAAAAUUCUAAUUAUUGUGAUCAUGGAGAACAGUGUUUGUUUACAAUGCAUUUUGUAUUUCAAGCGCCAAAAGCUCCACUUUAUUUAUUGCAUGUUGAAACCAAAAAGAUGUAUGUUACUAAGAUGCAUGUGACUUUUAUAUAACAAUACCACUAUCGGUAAUCCAUUUUAAAAUGAACUGGUCGACUAUUUGCAUAUAGCGACGAAAGAAAAUUCAACAUUUUGAUCAAGAGUUUUUCUUUAAGUUAUCCCCUAUGAACUUGAAUGUUGAUUAUCUGUUAUAGCUGUGAUCGAUCAAGCUUGAUAAAAGUCCACUCAAGCCAAAAAUCCCUUUUUGGUCUUUUAGUAUUGUUCUGUGCAAAGGAGAAUUCAGUGAAUAUAAAAACGAUGGAAAGAGAACUUAACGAUCUGCGAUGGGGUUUUUUGAAAAAUUCGUGAACAUUCCUUAUACAUUUCCAGAUGUGUGCCAUGAAAAGCAGAAACUCGAGAAAAUGCAUUCAUGUACUCUUUGAUGGGGGGACUUUUUAUUUUUAAGUUGACCUGCAAUGUGCUGUUGAUAAGAUUCAACUUAAAUGUUAAAGUGUCAUACGUAUUAUUGUUGUUAUUCCCUAAUAUUCUUUCAAUUAAAAGGACGAAACUGUCCCAAAGAUAUAUGUGGUUGACCACACUGUGUGAUAACUGUCAACAUCGUGAUUCUUCAUCAAGUUGUUGUACUUACAAAGUUUUUGUUCGAAAUCAUUAGUUUUUUUUUUUCUUUCAUUUUUUUUUUCACUGGAAAUGCGAAAAUUUCUUGUAUGUUCUGGGUGGAAUCGUAUGCUGUGAGUGCUUAAUUCCAGAGUAUGUGAUUAUUAUCUCGAAAGAUAAUCAGGCUAGUGCAUUUACUUCCGUUGAAUGUCUACGGAACUCGAAAUACGAAAAGACCAUCAUCGUCAAGACUGAAAGAAUUUGUAAUGUGAUUUUAGGAAGAAUGGAAACUUAUCAUCUACAUUAGUUUAUAUUGUGACUUUUGUUCUUCAAAAAUUGAUUGAUGCUGUAUAUUUAAAUUAUGCUAUUCCUAAAGAAAGAGCUUGUAUAUAUUUCUUUUUCUUAUUUUCUGUUACUUUGAAAGAUGUUCUGAAAUAAAUUACAUUUAGGUUCUCAUUGUCAAGCAUGAA